AUGCGGUUAGAUCUCUGCGCCGGUGCAUUGGCCUUGGCUGUGCUGUGCUCCCAAUUCGCAGAGGCAUCUCAGACAGAGGAUGAUGCCAAAGAUUUCUUCGAAGAACCAACGGAAGAUCCCCAUACAUUCUAUUCAGAUCUGCAUCCCUGCCCUAGGAAAUGCGAUGGUAAAGCCCCUGAAGAUUGGGAUGUCUUUACGGAUUUUGAUCGGCUAAAACUUUGUCUUCAACCCGUGUUGUUUGACAUGUCGUUAUACAACCCCGUUGAUGAUUACGAUACGCCUCUCAAGUUGCGCAUAUGUACAAAAGGUAACGACAGAACGCGUGUGAACGCUCUUUUCAGCAGCAGAGAGCCACCGGCUAUCGGAGAAAUUACGCCGCCACGAACUACGCAGUUGCGUGUGCGACAAUCCGUCGAGGAAUGUAUUACUGGAAGACAAAGCAAGGCUCGUUUGAAGCUCAUUCGUGAAGUCUCCCAAGAUGGCUCAGGCUAUUCGGAACCUAUCUCGACGCUUCUUGGACACUUCUCGGAAUAUUUCGAGGACAAGGCAAAUUGUCAUGAUCAAGUCCUUUUCGGAUACGCCAAUGGCACAGUCGUCGGCAUGUAUGCUGGCAAAGCCUUCGGAAGAGCCACAGUAAACUCCGUCGUGGGCCGUCUUCUGGCCUCCAUUGCCAACGACGGGCACUCUUCUAACAUGAUGGGGGAAAUCUGCGGGAAAGGACGCAAUGCAGAGCAUGUCUUUGGCAUAGCGAUCAGCGCUGAUGGCGACUUGGCUGCUGUCCAGAGCGCUGUCCGAAGGUGGGAUGGUGCUGAAUGCGGAGAAGAGACAUCAGCUUCUACUUCAAGUCUGGAAUUGAACGUCUGGCAGACGCAGGACAUUUUCAGAGGAAACGACACCAACCAAUGGUUGAGCACCUUACCAAGGAAUACGACCAGCCGACAUGUGGUCAAUCUUUCCGCCCGUGGCGAUUGCCGUACGUUGAAGGUCAUGGCUGGUGAUUCCUGCAGUGCACUGGCUGUUCGAUGCGGAAUCUCAGGAGCUGCUUUCAUGAAUUAUAAUAGCGACCCGAAGCUAUGCUCAAGCCUAAUGCCUGAACAGAGGAUCUGCUGCUCGUCUGGAAGCCUGCCCGACAUCCGACCCAAACCAAAUGAUGACGGAUCCUGUGCCACUUAUCAUGUGAAUCCUAACGAUAGCUGUUCUAAAAUUGCUGCUGCCAACGGGCUCGACAUUGAAGACCUGUUCAUUUUCAAUUCAGGUCAACGCGGGACCUGGGGGUGGACCGGGUGUGGAAGCUUAAUGGCUGGUCUGAAUAUCUGUAUAAGUCAUGGCACGCCGCCUAUGCCUGCACCGGUAGCCAACGCCGUCUGUGGCCCUACAAAGCCCGGUUCCAAACCACCUCUUGCCUCGCAGAGUCUUGCAGAUCUUAAUCCGUGCCCGCUGAAAGCUUGCUGCAACAUUUGGGGACAAUGUGGCAUCUCUGGUGACUUUUGCCAGGAAAAGCGCGGCAAAACGGGCAAUCCCGGAACGGCACCUCGAUCGGUGAACGGAUGUAUAUCCAACUGUGGUGUGGACAUUAUCAGCACUUCCCGGAAUGCAAACUUCGGCCGUAUCGGCUAUUAUGAGUCUUGGAAUUUCAACCGCGACUGUCUCCAUUUACGGGCCAGCAGCGCCAAUACGGACGGGAGCUACACGAUAAUUCAUUGGGCCUUUAUGGACAUUGAUCCGUCAAAUUGGAUGCCUAAACUCAAAGACGAUCAUCAGCAAUGGGAUGAGUUUACGUCCUUGCAAGGGGUGAAAAAGAUCAUCUCGUUUGGUGGCUGGAGUUUCUCAACAGAUCCUGCGACGUAUAACCUGCUUCGACAAGCAAUGAGCCCGCAGAAUCGGAUCGCCUUUUCCAACAACAUCGCCAACUUCCUGGUUGAUCAAGGCCUGGACGGUGUUGACUUUGAUUGGGAAUAUCCCGGAGCUACGGACAUCGACGGGACACCACCAGGUUCUCCUAGUGAUGGGCCCAACUACCUCAAAUUCUUAUGGACAAUGAAAGAUGCACUUGCUCGCGGAUCCCAUGAUAAGUCGGUCUCGAUAGCCGCUCCAGCAUCAUAUUGGUACCUCAAGGCCUUCCCGAUACAGAAGAUGGCGGAAGUGGUGGACUAUAUCGUGUACAUGACGUACGAUCUUCACGGGCAAUGGGAUGCCGGGAACCAAUAUUCUAUGGAUGGCUGCCCGGCAGGUAACUGCCUACGAUCACACGUCAAUCUCACGGAAACAACGGCGGCGCUUGCCAUGAUCACCAAAGCCGGGGUUCCCUCCACCAAGAUCUACGUGGGCGAGGCAAGCUAUGGCCGAUCGUUCAAAAUGUCCAAGGCGGGCUGUGUUGAUCCCAUGUGCACCUUUGAAGGAGAUAGGUAUAAUUCCGAAGCAAUGCCUGGCGUGUGCACCGGUACAGAAGGAUAUCUCUCGAAUGCCGAGAUCAACCGGAUACAGAGUGUGCAAAGCAACGUUCGAACUUGGCACGAUCAUUCAAAUUCGGAUAUAAUGGUGUAUGAUGAUACCGAGUGGGUUGCCUACAUGACCACUACGACAAAGAACACGCGCCGGAAGCAUUGGAAGAACCAUCAGUUCGCGGGUACAAUUGAUUGGGCAGUAGAUCUUCAAGAGUUCACGUCCGACGACGACUAUGGCGGCAGCGGCGACGACGAAAAGGAUGAGUUCGACGGGUCGACUCCGCCAUCCAGCUGUGAUGGCUCGUACAAUACAUUGGAAGCCAUCGAAGCGGACAAAGACAAGAUGGAGGAUCACUGCCGGGACGAGUACAUGCUGCAAGUGCUACAAAAGAUGCUGGAAGACUCGCUCAAGACGCACGACACGCUCCUGGCCAAUAAUUACGACCACUACUUCGAUCUCUAUGCCGAGGCCGUCAUCCACAGCUCCGGCAAAGCUGUCAAGGAUUUCAUGUACAAGCACGGAAACGACUACUUUUCGUGCAUCGUCACCGAGACGUACCACGGCUGCGACCAUUGUAGAGCAAUCAACACGAACCCUGAAACUGUUGACCGCAGUUGUCGAUACUGCGAGAACUACGACUGCGGCGCGGCAAGCGGUUGCGUACCCGGAAAGGUUGACCUCUGCCAACUGCAUCACUCGUUCCGAUAUCGUAACAUAUCGAUGCCAUGCCCACCUGACUACGCGAUGCGGUCUUCUGGUCGUCCAGACGAUGAUAGUCCUCCACAGCAAGCAACGUACUGGACUAUGCUCGAAGGCAAGUCGGACAGUUUCUACGCCGACCUCUACAAGGGUGUAGGCAUCGACAACGAGCACAUAAAAUGGAAAGACGUGCAGCAAUACCCUACGGAGAAGAAUGAUGCGAGCUAUUCCCAUCAAUUUUGGGAUUACAACUUCCCUGUAGUCGACAACUACAGAGAGAAAGAUGUGGCCAAUCCAAAGGAAAUUAUCGACAAGGGGCGCAGCAACCUGAACAGCAUGGGCCCGGAUCUUGCCUCGGUUCUGGAACAGAUCAAGAAACAAAGCUACGGCGGCUUCGUUGGUGAUCUUGUCGAUGCGCUCGCGAUGCCCAUCAUCUUGGUCGAGCAAGCGGUGGCCAGCAUGAAGACGGUCAAUGACAUUGGCGAGCACAUCGACGAGGAAAAGCGCAAGGCCAUCAUCAUCGGCUUCCUCACCGCUCUUUUGUUCUUUGUGCCCUUUGUAGGCGAGCUUGCGGGAACCUUUGUCGCCAUGGCCGGCGUUUCUCGGAUCCUGACCAUCGUCGGGGCCGUCGGCAACGCGGCGCUGGACAUAUACUCGGUCGUCGAUUCCAAAGGCAACGACCCUUUGGCCAUUCUCAGCCUCGUUCUCGCUCCGGCUGCCAUUUUCGACGUCGCGCGUAUCGGCAAAGCGGCGACGAUUCGUCGGGGUGCGCAGGAGACGGAGGUUGCGAAGCUCGGCAAGGAGACGAAGGCUCGGCUCGACAUGAUUGAUCGCAUCAAGGGCAGAACAACGUGUGCGCUGCAGAAGCGAGAUUGGAAGGACAAGACGGCGCUUGGUGGCAUGCCACUGCCAACGAGCAAUCUAGCCACACAAUGGUAA